AUGCCCCAUUUCGAUACCAAGAUCCUUCAGUCCUACGUACCGUCACGAACACCUGCCUUGCCCGAGCCUGGCCUCGAAAUACCCCCUUCCCGCUUCGUACCUGUAUCAAGAAAGCACAAUCCUUACCGUGAGCGAGAAUACGUGUCUGCGGGAUGGCCAAGGCAGGUCAGCUUAGGACCAGGCCCAGACCAAAUUGACGAUCGACUCCUCGAGGAAGACAAUGAAGACUUUUACGUCCCGCCCGUGGAAUGCAUGCCUGGUGACGAGUACAAUGACACGGAGAUCUGGCGUCCCCUGAGCCGACGCCUCGUGGAGAUAUACGGCAGACCUCAGUUCCCUAUCACCGAGUGGCCUGAGUGGAUCGUCAACGAGUACUACCGUGGUCUACAAGAGCACCACUUCGCGGUGGAGAGUGAUGAUUGGCUGGCGAGAUCCAGGAGUCAAACUAUCGUUUGUAGGAUCUGGUUACAGACGUUGGCACGAGAGGACGUGAUCGAGGAGUGGGUGCGACUCCAUCCCGACCUGUAUUACACUGCACAAUCCCCGGUCACAGUAGAAGCAGACGAAGUGAGGGCAGAGCCAUCGCAGACUGGCACCACAAGUGAAGAAGAAGACAUCAGACCUGCAUUCACUUCACUGCAGCGGCAACACAAGAGGACUAGUAGCUCUUGGCACCAGACCAAUGUUGGUGGCAGUGAGAGCUCGACUUUUGUGGAAGAUUACAUCGACCACGAUUGCCAUCGCGAACAACACUCGCCCAAAGCAUGUCGCGAGUCUAAGCUCAAGCGGGAGGAAGGAGAGGCUGAAGUGAGAGAAGAGCCAACCACCGCUCCUCAGACUCGCACAUACCGCAACUUCCGCAUGCAAAAAGACGCGCAGCCGAAGAGCAGGGUACGUUUCGAGGACGAAGCUCCCACUGCCAUCAAAACCUCACUACAAUCACCUCCGCCCUCGGCGGCGUACAUACCUCUACCGCCCACUCCCGGCGCCUGGCCCCAAAGUGAGGAGAGUUCGCCAGCUGGUUCUGACCCUAAUGAGCGUGGUCCAGAUCCAGCUUACAUAGAAAACUCGAAGCGAUGGGCGGAAGACGCCAAGAAGCAUGGAACAGGGAUCGGCCAAUCCGCGCAACCGUCGCCGGGUGCUAAGGAGUACCUGGAGAAGCUCCAUCGAGGCGCUGUCAAUGCUCAUCUUGACGCCUAUAGAAAGUGGAAAUAUGCCACCACGGCGGAUAGGAAUAAAAUAGACGCGAUCAGGGAGCUCGCCGAGAUGCGAGCUAGGAACGAUGUUGCAAGUGGAUGA